AUGUCUUACAGUCGUGGAGACCGUGGUAGCUCCCGCGGUGAAUCCCGAGGUGGAAGCCGUGGUAGUGGUGGUGGUGGUGGCUAUCGAGGAGACUCUCGUGGCCGUGGAGACCGAGGCGGGAGCCGUGCUGAUGGUGGUGGCUAUCGGGGACCAGGACCAGUAAAUGCAGAUAUCCUCACGACCAAUCCCCCUGAAUUGAACAAAGAACUUCACAGGUUUGAAGAUCAGUGUCUCAAAGAGGUCCCAAUUGAGUCCGGUCUGGAGAAGCCGGUUCGGCGUCCUGCAUAUGGAAACCUUGGGAAGCUGAUCACGGUGCGGGCCAAUUACUUCGAGAUUUCGCUGGAUCCCAAGCGGGAGUUCCACUCAUAUAGGAUCGCGAUUUCACCAGAACCGCAGCCAAAACGACUCAAGAAAGAUGUUUUCGACCAGUUAUUGAAGCAUGAACGAAUUGCAACGGUGUACGGCUCCUCAGAUAUGGCUCAGGAACUCAUCACUUCUGCCCCGCUGGACUCAAUGUCCUCGAUCAAGGUCAGUCUCCCCGAUGGCAACAAAAAGGAGCCAAAGGUAUACACUGUCGAAAUUACCAAGGCGGAUCCAAAGGACGGUGUUGUGCACCACUUUAGCCAGGGCUGCCUGUCAGACUCCCUCAAAACCACCAAGCAGAGAUACCCAGUGGAACAGGAGACUGUCGCAGUGCGAGCUCUCAACAUUAUGAUGACUCGCAUCCCGUACCGGGACUCAGGUGUUGUCAUCACGGGCAAAGGACGCCAAAAGUUUUUUUGGAUUGAUAACAGGAAGCAAUUUGCUUAUCUAGGAGGCGGUCUCGAGGUUCUUCGCGGAUUCUUCGCGAGUGUGCGAGUCGGUGUCGACAAGCUGCUUUUGAACGUGAACGUGAAUCACGGUACCUUCUUCCGCCCAGGGCCUAUGCUUGACUUGACGAACGGAUUCAUGCAAGAAUACGGAGAAGAUCGUCAGUUGUUCAAUCGUUACAUCCGGGGCUUGCGCGUUGAGGUCUCACAUCUUCCUCUCGAUAAGUAUGAGAACGGUGUAGAGAAACGGCGACAAAAAUCGAUCUGGGGAAUCGCGUCACCCAAUGAUGGAAAGAAGGGGGACAAGUUCAAGCCUCGUGUUAAAAACCUCGGCUCCUCACCUGCCAAUGUUGAAUUUUGGGAGACGGACUCUGAUGGCAAGGGCGGCAAAUACACCUCCGUUAAGGAUUAUUUCAAGAAAGGCAAGUAUUCCCAUCACAUGUGCUUAUUUUGUUCCCAUUUGCUAACUUCUUUGAUAGCUUACAAAAUGGACAUCAAAGAGUCGAAGCCAGUUCUCAAUGUUGGCAACUCCGAGCGCCCCAUUUACCUCCCCCAGGAAGUCUGCAAGAUUCUUCCAGGGCAGACUUUCAACGGUGAGCUCUGUACCUCUCAGCGUCAGGCCAUUAUCAAAUUCUGCUGCCGCCGCCCUCCGGACAAUUUUGCCUCCAUCAUGAGGGACGGUCUAGAGAUUCUAGGAAUCAAGGACCAGAAACUCAAAUCGGCCGGAGUCAAAAUCGGGAACGAGAUGGUGGCGGUCCCUGCUCGUGUUCUUCCGCCUCCUACUCUCAAGUAUGGGACAAAAACAACAACCCCCAGGGGUGCUAGCUGGAAUUUGAGGGACGUGAAAUUUACACAGACUCCUCCUAAGCCGAGCUGGGCUGUUAUCACCCUCGCCAAUACCAACAAGGUGAACAAAAGGACGGAGGAAGACUGGGAAAGGCGUGGUGAACCUCAAAAGGCUAUCAAAGAGCUGGAGAGGUGUCUGAAAGAACUGGGCUUUGCGUGGGACUCACCAAACGAGCACCGGGUCUUUCGCUACAAUUCACAAAACUGCCUUGACAUCAUUGAAGGCCUGAUGAAGAAGUGCAAGGAGCACCGUGUCAAGUUCGUUGUGGUCCUCAUGUCCGAUGGUGAGGAGAAAGCAUUCAAUCACCUCAAAUGGGCGGGCGAUUGCACUCAUGGAAUCUUGACUCAUUGCUGCAAGAUGGACAAAUUUACAUCCGGAGACAAGCAGUACCUGGCCAACAAUGCGAUGAAGAUCAACUUGAAGCUUGGUGGCAUCUGCCAAGUUCUUGACUCGCACAGGAAUGCUCUCUUGAUUGCUGAAGGAAAUACUAUGGUCGUCGGUCUAGAUGUCACUCACCCUUCUGUAAAUGACCCCGAAAGCUGCCCCAGUGUUUCAUCCAUCGUUGCCAGCACUGACCAAAAACUGGGGCAAUGGCCAGGAGAAAUUCGUGUCCAGGGCAGGCGUGACGAGGUCAUUCUGCAGGUUGGUACGAUGCUGGAGGGCCGUCUGCGACGUUGGAAGAAAGAGAACAAGGAGUACCCCAAGAAUAUCCUCAUCUACCGUGACGGCGUGAGCGAGGGUCAAUAUGCAAUCAUGAUCAGGGAUGAGAUCAGCUCCAUCCGAAAGGAAUGUGGACGCGUCUACGACGAAGUGGGACAGAAGCCUCCCAGGAUCUCAUACGUUGUGGUUGGAAAGCGUCACCAUGUUCGUUUCUUCCCGACAUCCAAAGACGAUCUCGACAAGAACAACAACCCGAAUCCUGGAACAGUUGUGGACCGCGGAAUCACUCGUCCAGUGCUCUGGGAUUUCUAUCUCCAAGCCCAGGCCGCAAUCAUGGGAUCCGCUCGCCCAGCACACUACAUUGUGAUGGAGGAUGAAAUCUUUGGAAGCAAUGUUAAGGGUCUGACGGGAAACCCCAUGAAUGAUCUCCAAGAGAUUACUCACUCUAUUUGCUACGUGAUGGGUCGUUGCACUCGGUCCGUGUCCUACUGCACUCCGGCUUUCUUGGCCGAUCGGUUCUGUGAUCGUGCACGGAAGUAUGUUCUCGCACACUACACUAAAUGGAACGAGGUCAAAGGAUUUAAGGACCCCGAUGCCCCUGCCCCAACAUUGGCCCAGCUUAGGCUUCAUGACCGGACCUCUGAGUACAUGGUUUACAUUUAG